GAAAGAAUACGCCGGUUCAAUCAAGUGGUUAAGUUAAGGUGUGAUUUCAAUUUUUCAACUGCGUUUGAGAUUUCACCAGGAGCAAGAGAAAGAUGAGCGAGACGAGACCAGUGCCGAGGAGAGAGAGUCCAUGGGGUUUACCGGAAGGUCACCGUGAGCCCAAAGCUCACCGCUGCAACGAUCGUGUUGAAGACGUUAUCCAGGCGUUAUUCGAGGGAAACCCAUUCAAGACAGUUCCAGGACCUUUCAAACUCUUCUACCGAUGUAUGCGCUCUAAGCCAGGAGAGGAGCCAACAGAGCCAUUCAAAUACCUCGACCUGGAACCUCCAAAGAGAGAAGUUAAACUUGAAGAAGCAAAGCUUGAGUAAAGUGAUAUUCACUCCCUUUUUUAUUCCUGCAUACUUUUUAGCUGAGCGUGUAAGCGCCAUCACUGUGAUUUUAAGUUUACCUUCAAUAUGUGUCAACAACAUCUUAUUUUCUCUUAAUAAAAUUGAUACUCGGAGUUUCAUUUCAGUUUUAUCUAUUGCUUAAUCUGUUCACUUGCAAGCUUCUCUCUGAAUGUGAACUCUGAUGAAGAUGCUUUUUUCAUUACGACUCAGAAAAAAGAUUUACAAUUU